AUGUUAGCGAAAGAGACUGGGCUACAUACGCGACGGCCUUGUCUACCAAUAAUUCUAGUCAGAAUAAAGGCUUUCCUGACAGAGGCAACAGAAGACCAAGGAGAGCGGACAGACAGGAUGCCUGUAGACCAGGACUGGACUGCAGUGUACCCGACCGCUGCCCCCUUCAGACAGGGCUCUGUGCCCCUGCCCGUCCGCAUAGGCUUCCCAGUGAAAAGAGGGGUGCCUCCGGAGAAGAAGGGCAACCUGGAGCUCGUCAAGAUUCCAAACUUUUUGCAUUUAACUCCAGCAGCCAUAAAGAAACACUCUGAAGCUGUCCUGGCAGUGUUCUGCACAGAGUGGCCCUCUGCCCUGGACACAGAUGCUAAAUGUGAUGAACACUUCCCUGUCAAAGUAAAGAGCAAGGACUACGUGUCUGCCGGCACCUCCCUCAGAAACCCAUCUGCCCGCAUAGUCCACCUCAGAGUGAAGCUCUCCAGUCUGAACUUGGACGACCAUGCCAGGAAGAAGAUGGUUAAACUGGUAGAAGAGAGGUACUGCAAAGAGACGGACACACUCACCAUCACCACUGACAGCUGCCCUGUGAGACAGCAGAAUUAUGACUACACCAUGUACCUCCUGACUGUCCUCUAUCACGAGUCAUGGAAAGUGGAGGCCUGGGAGUCUGAGAAGACUGUGGCAGACAUGGAGGAGUGCAGCUGGGAGAACAGCCCCUCUCAGAAGAACGCCCUGUCCACGUUGGUCCGCGUGUGGGCAGCGGGAGAGGCGGUGAGGGAGGAACUGCUGGGGAGGCCAGAGGUACAGGAGUACAGGGACUCUGUGACCACACUGAAGAACGAGGGAGAGAGCGAGGGCAGCGUACUCCAGUACAGAGAAGCUGUGAAGAAACUACUGAACCUCUAAUAUACAUACAAAUACACACACACACACACACACACACUAUACAUACAGAUACACACACAUUAAAUACUUUAUUUGAAUCCACCAAUCAAAUUUACAAAAAAAGGAUCCAAACAUUUCAAGGGUCCCUGUAUGCAUGGCACUCAAGGGUACAGAAAGCACCUCCUCCAAACAGCUAGGCUGCCCACGACAGCUGAAACAGAGCAGUACCUAGCCAAUUGCUUUGCCCUAGUUUUUGUCAGGCCCGCACUGCAAGCCUGUGUACAUGGCCGAGAUAUCAGCGCUACCAGCUUGUACCUACACCCGAGGCUGUCCAAGUGUGCCAUGGGGCUCCAUGUAGCCGUCAAAUGAGCAGCCCACUUCCCAAAUGAGCGCCUCCCCCCACAACAACAAUAUUUGGAGUAUUUUGCACACAGGAAAACACAACAUCAAACCAGCUUCCCCUUACACAACAAUGUUUAUGCAUGUGUGCUGUUGGUGAGACUUUCUCACCUCGCUGGCUAUCAGGUCAACAAGGCGGUCAUGUCUAGCAAUGUACAAAUCCUUGUAUGAACAGCAGCCAUUCACAACAUGGACAAUGGACUCCAUUACAUUUGACUCAUGUAAAAUGCAAAAUGGGUCAUGGUUUGCAGGGUACCAGAGUGCUAGAUGUAUAUUUUGUUGGUAGAACUUGCAGCCUCGCCUUAACAGUAUAGGUGAGAAUGUCCUCGCCAACGGCAGCAUUCUGGUACAUGGAAUGGGAGACAUUGGCCGGCACAGUCCAGAGCAGCGAGUUUCCCCUGCAGCGUCAGGCCAGUCCAGUGUUGCAGUAGCUGCAUCCAUCUGAUACCAAGGAGUGUUGUCCUGGAUGUAGGAUGAGAUGUUCCAUCAUGGGUGACAGAAGCCCCCACAACAACACCGCGAUCUACCACAACUGCAUCAGAGACAGUCACUGGCUCAGUUUGCAUAUCAGUCCAGUUGCACAGGUCGUUGAGGUCCGGCCAGUCUGACCAGACUCCAAAGCCCACAUCACGAGUGUCCAAUUUUCCAUUUGCCUUCCUCCUGAAGCCCAGGAAGUUUUCCUGUGUCCCUGGCCAGUGGAACCUUCCUCCUCCGUAGGUCCAGAGGGAGGGAGGGAGGCUCUGGCUAACUCCUUAACUGUUACAUUGUCAUUGUUGAGCAUGUUCAACAGGUGAGUCAGUCAGGUAGCAGUGUAAAUCCACUCAAUAUUCGGGGACACCUAAACCCCCCUCUUUGGCUCAGGAAGACAACGUCACCUGUGAUGUGUCUUUUAAGCAUAGCCACUUCCUCACCACUUGAACAGUUUUGCAGCGUUAUCACUUCAGGUCCAAUCGCGGGACAGUGUAGUCAUCAAGGUAGUGUAGUACAAAGACCAGAAUUCAACUUCUACACAUUUUUACAUUUUAGUCAUUUUAGCAGACGCUCUUAUCCAGAGCGACUUACAGUUAGUGAGUGCAUAC